UUUGAGAGUGUUUAGUCAGUAACAUACUAUGGCUAUGUACUGCUGUAUUGCUUCUGUUCAAAUUGGAAUAAAAGUCUGACCUAGUCUGUUUCUUUUUCAUUUUCCAGUCCUCUAAGCUUGGAGAACAGAAAUUGACCACAGGUCUAACAUCAAUUACAUGCUGUAAAUAAGGCUAUUGAUGUCUCACCUGUAUAUGUUUGCCCAGUGUUUACCCUUCUGCUUAUUGGUUACGCACCUGAUAAUCAAUAUUAGCGAUGUGGGAAUCAUUGUCAUAAUCAUGGAAAGGAGUUUACAGCAGCCCAUGUACCUUUUAUUCUGCAACUUGUCUGUCAAUGAUAUUCUGGGGAACACUAACAUUUUGCCUCGAAUCAUGUCUGAUCUCCUUUCAAAUGACAGAAGCAUUAGUUAUGUUGAGUGUGUCACUCAAGCAUUCUGUAAUCACACGUCUUCUACUGCUGCACACACAAUACUGAUGAUCAUGGCUUUUGACAGAUAUGUGGCCAUUUGUGAAAAACACCACAUCUACUCUUCAAUAAUGACCACCAGCAUGGUGUUGAAGCUUUCAGCAUGGGCUUGGGGAUCUGCCCUACUGACUGUAGUCUUGCUGGGACUCACCAUACAUCUUAAACUUUGCAGGUCACUUAUUGUAAACAUGUACUGUGAUAAUGCAUCUCUGUUUAAGCUCUCCUGCCAGGAUGUCACCAUCAACAACAUUUAUGGCCUGGCUUACACUAUGGUUGUUCUCGCAUCUUCAAUGGGCAGCAUAGCCCUUACUUACUUUAGAAUCGUUACAAUUUGUGUCACCAGGAAAAACAAGGAGCUCAACAGCAAGGCACUGCAAACUUGCACCAGCCACUUACUGGUCUAUAUGAUCAUGUUGUGGACUGGCUUUCUCGGCGUAAUUUUUCAUCGCAUCCAAAUUGACUCCAGCUACCGGAAGCUUUCAAAUAUGUUGUUUUUCAUCAUCCCAGGAAAUUUAAACCCUAUUAUUUAUGCAAUGCAAACAAAAGAAUUAAAAACCAAAAUGAAGAAAAUAUUUAGCGUUAAAGUAACACAAGCCCAAUAAAUUUCUAAUGGAUGCUAAAUGUGAC